GCCUACAACGCCACUGUCUUUGCAUACGGCUCUACGGGUGCUGGCAAAACGUUCACGAUGAUCGGCACCCAGAAGGAUCCCGGGGUGAUGUUGAGAACGGUCAAGGAGCUGUUCGACGAGGCCUCAGAGGUCCACUCUGGCGAUUCCGGCAGGACGGUGUCGAUCAGAUGUUCGUUCAUUGAGGUCUACAACGAGAACCUCCUCGACUUGCUGGCGACGGACGGCAACGAGCCGCUCAUAGACCUGCGCGACGACCCGGAGAAGGGCACCAUCGUCGCGGGGAUCACGGAGACCGAGGCCGAGUCCGCCGACGAGGUGCUCGAGCUCCUGCACGCGGGCAACCGGCGCCGCACCACGGAGCCCACCGCGAUGAACGUCACCUCCUCCCGUUCGCAUGCCGUGCUGCAGGUGGUCGUACAGCAGCGCGGUCGAGAUGGGACGACAUUGACAGGGAAGCUGUCGAUGAUCGACCUGGCGGGGUCCGAGCGCGCGUCGCAGACGGAGAACCGCGGGGCCCGCCUGCUGGAGGGCGCCAACAUCAACCGCUCCCUGCUGGCCCUCGGCAACUGCAUCAGCGCCCUCCUUCCCUUCCCUGCAUCGGUUCGGCCUUCGUGCCCUACCGUGACUCGAAGCUCACCAGACUGCUGA